AUUAUAAUCGGAUCUCAUCAAUUAAUAACCCCGGCCCAUCUCAUUUCCCCAUCACAUUUCAAUAUCUUCUUUUGAUCCCAUCACUCUCUAUAUAGACAGUGAUACAGAUCAGGAUCUGCAGGUAUGGAAGAUUAUAGACGUCAAGGUGGAAUUCAGCAACUGUUGGUUGCUGAACAAGAAGCUCGACAAAUAGUCAAUACUGCAAGAACUGCAAAGUUGAAUAGACUUAAACAAGCAAAAGAUGAAGCUGAAGAAGAAGUAGCUAAAUUUCGAGGUCAUAUGGAGAAAGAAUACCAGAAAACUAUUUCAGAGUCAACUGGUUUUUCUGGAGUGAAUGUAAAGCGGCUGGAUGAAGAAACAGUUACAAAGAUCGAUCAAUUGAAAACACAGGCUGCAAAAGUUUCACCGGAGGUUAUCAAAAUGCUCAUGACUCAAGUCACUACCGUCAAGGUCUGAAUAAUUCGCACCUGUGUUUCUUAGAUUAUUACUUCGUAUUUGCAGACCCGAGUCUGUGUAGUUGCCAAUAAAUUCCUUACAAAAGAAUUGUUACCAUCCUAUUUUGAUUAGCAACUAUAACUUGUUUAUGGGAUAAUUAAGUGAAUGCCGCAUUUUCUGACUUUCUGUCAUGCUUA